AAACGCUGUUACGAUUACCUCACGUUUCAACUAUUUAUUUAUAGCCCUCUACAACACGUAACAUAUGCAUGUUGAUAAGUAACCAGGGUUGAAAAUGAGAAAAGUGAACCACACCUGUUUUAUAGGUUUUAUAAGGUAUACUAGUGUAGAAGCCCGUCAAUCGACGUGCAAAAUUGGCCCGUCGAUAAGCCCGUUACCCCAACAUUAGUGAAGUUAGCCUCUCCUGUUCUCUCUGCAGAGUGGAGAGAGAAAAAGAGAGGCUAACUUCUCAACUAAGCCACCGACCCAGCCAGCCAGCAGCGAUACACUCGCCUGCUUUAUAUAGUUUAGAUAUAUAAUUUAGGAAGUUUACCACACGAUAAUAAAUAUCUCUCUACCAAACACCACGAGAAUUUGAGAAAAUUUACCACAUUGACAAUUUCAAACCAACAACCUUCCUUUACGCAUAUUCAUGCUUGACAUUAAUUAUGAAAAUUUAGAGCGUCUUGACAUUUUGUUUUGUAUGAAAUGUACCCGAGUCAGUUUCAAUUAAAAUGUUUUGCUGAGAGCAAAGUUCCUUGUAGACCGUGAAACAAGUACCAAUCUCUGGUCUGCUGUGCAGGGAAAAGUACAUAAUAAUUUUGAAGCAAUCUCAAAUUGCAACAUUUAGUAAACUUGAGUGCCAACUGGGAGAGGAAGAAAAGCAAACAUGUUGAAAUGACAUGGAGGGCAACACAUUACGGUUGACGAUAUAAAAUGGAAUGCCACAAGUACAUAGAAUCACAAAGGGAAAGAAUGAAUAAAAUCUGGUCUAUUUUACUAUAAUUUACUCAUAAUGAGUAAAGCUGGAUUUCCACUGCCGUGAGUCGUGCGCGACCUACGACGGAAAGUGUCCGACGAUGGCAUUUCUACCAAAGCAGACAAAAUCCGCUCGACGCGGCGGAGAGUGAGCUGAGUUGAGCGGAUUUUUGCCUCUCAUUUCCACCAACCGACUCAUUUCAGCGGAUACGAUCCGCGCGGACGAAAAAACUGUGAGUCGAUGAGUUGAACUUGGUUCAACUUUUUUUCGUCCGCUCGCCAAAAUCUAUGACAAAUUCUCAUUUCCUUGAGCGGAAUAUAUAAAAUCACAUAAAUUCACUUCUUAUUAUUUACAUUCCGCUAACAUCAAUUAUUUCAUGAAAUUAAAAUAUUCUAAAUAAAUAUAAAAUGUCGAGUGACAGUGAGGAGGAUGGAGGAAGUUUGAACAUCAACGAGGAUGGGGAUCAAUAUCAUGUAAUGGGUGAGGAAAUACCGGGCGCCCAGGAAGAGAACACUUGGAGGAACGAAGAUAUCGAAUUACUUAUAGAUACAGUGCGAUCAAAUCCAAUUUUGUUCGAUGUCAAAUCAAAGGAUAAUAAGAACAGUGGAAAAAAGGAACUGGUGUGGUUAAAUAUUUCCAGUACGGUAGGGAAGGAUGUUCCUGAAUGCAAGAAGAAGUGGAAAUAUCUGCGAGAUAAUUUCAAUAAAGUCAUUAAAAAGAAGAAAGGCAAGUCAGGCAAGUCCGGAAAGAAAGAAAAACAAUGGGAGUACUUCGAAAUGUUGAACUUUUUAAAGCCGUUCGUAAUUGCCAAUACUGAGUCUUCCGGAAAUUUGGAAAAAACUCCGGCGCCGGAUGAGACGACUUAUAGACGUGAUCGACAUCAUUCCCGGGUCCCGGAUUUAGAUGAGGAUUACCCCAUCAAGCCUGAGACCAUAUCGAAAAAGAUAAAGAUGUCAGAAAAAGUUGAUGCAGCAUUAUUGGGAUACUUAGAAAACCAAAAUAUCAAAGACUCGAACCACCAUUUCUGUAUGGCUCUGGCGGAUGAUUUGCGAAAAAUGACAGCAGCUCAGUCAUCGUAUGCAAAAAUUAAAAUUCAACAAAUUAUGUACGAAAUUGAAUUUCCUCAGAAUACAAUACCGACCUGUAAGGUUUCGCAGCGCUAACGAGUCUUCUUCUUGCCUCCAUGCGCCGUUGUCUUCAUCACCGGUGUCUACAAAUCCAGCAGGGCAGUAAGUAUCUGCACUCGGCGCCGAGAGAUCUUGAGAACGCAAAAAAUUGUGGAGUGCGAUGCAGGCUGUGUAAUUUUAACAGCAUAUAAUUAUUAUACGUAAUAUUGUGUAAUGACUAAUAUUGUGUACAAGUUUUGUGGAUUUAUACCUUUCACGAUACUUUCGACGUGCUGUGGCUGAGCAACAAUGGGUCGUCGAAAUAUCCUGAAGCGCUUCGACAUUACACCGAACAAAUUCUCAAUAAUUCGACGAGCCCUAGAAAGCCGGUAGUUAAAUAUUCUUCUCACUUCAGUUAGUCCUCGCCCUGGAUAUGGCCUCAUCAUGUAACAUUUUAAUGGAAAAGCUUCAUCUCCAACGAAAGUAAAUGGUAGUUGUUUUGUUGAUUCAGGUAGCAAUUUAGGUCCAGGAAUUCCAAGAUUUCCUAGUAUUACAAUAUAAAUUCCCAUUUACAUAAUGCAAAAAUGUGUUAUGACAGCGCUGCGAUAUUAAAUUAGCGUAAAAUUACCUGAUUCUAAUCUGGUUCCUAAAGCAGAAAUUGAAAAAAUUCCUGCAUCGCUUUGUCUCCCGUAGGCGCCUACGUCAACCGUUGUGAAUCGGUAGUCAGCAUCGCAAGUUGCCAUCAACCCGAUACUAAAUCUUCCUUUGUAAUUAUAAUAUUGUGACCCAGAUUUGUAUGGAGCUUCUAUAUCUAUAUGUUUUCCGUCCACUGCGCCGAUACAAUUAGGAAAAUUCCAACGCUCCCUGAAUCCUUUUUCGAUUAAGUUGUAGUCUUCAUUUGUUGGGGCCUAAAAAAUAUUCCAGCUUAAAAAUAAUUAGCGGGACAUGAGGCAAAUUAUUAUUACAUAAGUUAUCUUUACCUUCACAAAUAUUGGACUUAAUCUGUUCCACAAGAUCUGAGUCGUCUCUCGAACGAUUCGCCAAACAGUUGUAUGCCCCAUGCUAUAACUUGUAGAUAUACUUGCUAAGCAUCUCCGGUCGCUAAAUAUCUGCCAGUUAUGAAUUAUAUGUAUCAGUUAUUGCAUUAAUAAAUAUAUAAAUAUUUCUUUCUCGGCGCCGAGUCUUCGUCGUACCUGAGGGUGACAAAUAGCCGGAAAUCUGGGGGAAUUGAUGUCCUAUAAUUUGUGUCCUGUUUUUGGAGGUCUUCUUUAACAAUGCUCAGUACGGUAUCAAACUGUGCUGGAGUCAUUCUUGUGUACUGGCGAAAUUUCAGAGGGAACUUAUUAUACAUUUCAAUUAUCUUUAGAUGUUCCCCCCACACACCUCGAAGUAAAUUAAGAGGAUGCACCCAGUAGCGAUGCACUCUUUUUUUCCGGCGCCGGAUUAAAGCCAAAAUAAUAACUGGAUCCAUCGUUAAUUAAAUU